GAAUCCUUCAUUCAAGCCAGGAAAGUAGCUCCAUCUCUCUAUCAUUGAUUCCUACACCCUGCACCCCUCCCCGCUACCACAUUCGCCCCAUUCACCACCAAUGCCCCGCACCUACAGCAAGAAGAAACAGACGCGGCUCGCCUUCGCCCCGAUAAGCGCUCCGCCGCCAAAAAAGGAGCGCGAGUCGGACGGCGAGCAGGACCGGCGAGCGACCUUACGCUAUGCGCAUCCUUCAUUGCCGACCCUCCGUCGCGGCCGAUCUCGGUCUGAUAAGAAAUCCCUACCGACAGGAACAGAAACAAAAACGGAGAACCCCCCACGACAACCUACCCCGGAAACCGCAGCAGAAGCCCCAGCAGCCCCAGUCCAAGAAAGCGACAGCGAUAUAGAGGUCGUGCGCAGCGCGCGCAAACCCCACAAGCAGAAAUCCCGGAAGCGCAAGAGAAGAGGGGAUUCCGAGGAGUCAGAGACUCUUGCGCAGACACCUGCUAAAAAGAUCGUUUUGGAUGAUAGCGACGAUGAAGAGGAUGUUGUUGUGGCGUCGCAUCGGAAACUGAGGCGUGGGAAGGCCGCUCGGCCGGCGGUGGUGGUGGUGGAUGAUGAUGAUGAUGAUGAUAACGAUGGGUCGGAAGAAGAGCUGGUUUCUUCCCCGGUGAAGCGAAAGCGGCGCAAUAUGAGCGCGGAUGUCCCUCAGACGCCGCGUGGGAAGAUGGAUCAGGAUGAUCUUGAUAUCGUGGAGGAUCUUGACUACUUGCAAGACUCAGUGGUGAGAGACACCCGAACCCGCGGCCGGGUCGCGAAUUCCGCAAGAGCUCAGCGACAAGCGCACCUAGACGCUCUCCGUCGGCGACGAGCAGGCAAAACCACCGAGUCGUCAAGCGAAGAAGAAGAAGAAAAGUCGAACCGCCCAUCCUCCAACGCCGAGUCAAGCGAAAGCUCCGACGCCGAAAGUGACGCCUCCAACGAACCAGAAAAGCCCACAACUAAACCCCGACUCCGCAACCGCCAAGAAGAAAGUGACAUCGAAUCCGCCAUCGGCGAGAACGACGACCUGGACCGCUACGAAGACGACUUCGUGAUCGAAGACGAGAACGACCCGCUCGGCGCACCCACCGGCCUCGAAGACAUCCCGUUCGAAUUCACCCGCCACGCCUACAAGCAAUCGAAAGAUUACUUCCAGGAUACGGUCGAAUGGAUGGUGCACAACCAGCUGAACCCCGCGUUCCCUCGCACCAGCCCCGUCUAUAAAGUCGCUUUCAGCAAGAUCGAAGACGAAGUCAAGGGACGGACGGGAUCGCAGCUCGUUUCCUCCGUCUGGAACGCAAAUUUCUGUAGAGCCCUCCUGGCUCGUCCGCAGAUUGAAAUCACCUCGUUUCCGACGAUAGAGGGCCAUCCUUGUGAUGCGUGUAACCGGUCGGGGCAUCCGGCGUCGUACGAUAUCAAGCUCUACGGAAAGGCGUAUUCGCUGGAGACGCUCGAGCCGCUGUCGGAUGAAGAUAGUGAUGAUGAUGAUGCGGAUAGCCAUGCCCAGGAGAGAGACCGGGAUGGCCGUACCCUGCCAGAUGAGAAUAAGCGGUUCUUCCUUGGAAGCCACUGCAAAACCAAAGCCACCCUCGCGCACACGCUCACGCACUGGCGCAUCCACCUCAACGAAUGGGUAACAGGCUACCUCGAACACGAGGGAUACCUGAGUGACGAAAGUGUGCUGGAGCGCAACCACUGGCGCCAAAGUCGCAAGAACAAGUAUGCCACCGAGGUAGUUGAAUCGAUGAUCCACAACGGCGAGGUCAAGAAGCUCUGGCGCGACUUCAAGAUUAAUCUGCGGACGGCGCGGGAAUCUUCGACACUUGGAUAGAGAGAUCGGAUCGACCUUAUUUUUUUCUUGUUCAUAAUCAUAGUCAUGGACCCCCCUUCGGUUUCAGAGGGAGGGAUUGGAUCAUUUCUGUACAUUCUGCUAGCACAAGAUACCCUACCCAGCAUACUUUUUUCG